UGUGUUUUCAACUCUCCACACACUGAUCAACUCUCACCGAGGCUGAUGUGACGCUUUCUCCCCAGAUUGGAGCUGACAGGUCGGAAUCCAAACAGGACGAAUGCAGAGGCACAAAUGUGGAAACCUGAGCUCCAUGGAGAAGGUUUCAGUGGAUCUGUGGUUGUGGUGAACAUCUGGAGUUUCCCUGAAGUGGACACAAGCCUUUCUGUCCUUUCACAUCUGUGGACUGUGUUCAGUUUCUUCAUGCGUGAACAUCCUGUGGAUCAGAACUGCAGACUCUGUGGGACUUCAGCUUCAGCUCUUCUUCUACAGCUCUCAAAUUAAAGCCUGUUUUUAUUUUACCGGCCCUAAUUUACACAUAGGAGGAAGUGGAAAUCCUCGGAGCUAAAAGUUACUCUCAGCAUCAGUUUACGACCCUUCAUGUCCUUUUUUGGGAUAAAACAAACCAUGUGAACACAAGAAGAGUACUCUGCAUCACACUGGCUGUUUGUGGAGACGUGUUGUCUGCUGCUGAUAUGAGCUUUGAAACCCAGACAAGUAGAAGCUAAUGAUUUUCCGUGGAACCUGACGACUUCGUACGCCGCUGGACCUGACCAUGGCAUCGCACCGCAUCACAUAGACCUGCAUCUGUUCUCACAGAGUGGAAAGCCCCGCUGUGACCAUGGCGUCCGAUGGGAAGCAGCGGCAGGAGGGCACCCUGUCCUCUCUGUUCUACUGCUGCUUUAAAAGAAGUGAACAGCCUGAGAUCACCUACUCUUAUAAGAAUAACCCCAGUGCCGUCCCAGGACUGGAGCCCACGCUGCCCAUGCCCCCCACACAGGAACUGGACUCCAUGUUCGCUGAGCUGGUGGAUGAACUGGACCUCUCAGAGGAGCACAGAGCCGCCAUGUUUGCUCUGCCAGCAGAGAAAAAAUGGCAAAUCUAUUGUAGUAAGAAAAUGGAAGCAGAGGAGGAUAAAGGAGCCACCCGCUGGCCAGCGUAUUACAUCGACCAGCUCAGGGCCAUGGCGGCUAGGAAGACUCUGCUGGCACUGGCAGGAGAGGAAGAGCAUGAAAGACAUAAGAUGGUAGAAGGUCUGAAGACAGCUCUGAGGACUCAGCCCAUGAGGUUUGUAACAGAAUUCAUCGAGCAGGACGGCCUGUCCUGUCUCCUGAACUUCCUCAAGUCGAUGGACUAUGAGACGACCGAGUCUCAGAUCCACACCUCGCUGAUCGGCUGCAUCAAAGCCCUGAUGAACAACUCCCAAGGCAGAGCUCAUGUCCUGGGACACUGCGAGAGCAUCAACAUAAUCGCACAAAGCCUCGCCACUGAAAACAUCAAAACCAAGGUGGCGGUGUUGGAGAUCCUGGGUGCAGUGUGUCUGGUACCAGGGGGACAUAAGAAAGUUUUAGAAGCCAUGAUGCACUACCAGAAGUUUGCUGCAGAGAGAACACGCUUUCAGAACCUGAUGACUGACUUGGACAGAUCCACGGGUCGCUACAGAGAUGAAGUCAGUCUGAAAACAGCCAUCAUGUGCUUCAUCAAUGCUGUGCUCAGUAAAGGAGCAGGAGAGACCAGUUUGGAGUUCCGUAUCCAUCUGCGUUAUGAGUUCCUGAUGCUGGGAAUUCAGCCAGUCAUUGACAAACUACGCUGUCAUGAAAAUGCCACCUUGGACAGACAUCUGGACUUCUUUGAGAUGUUGAGGAAUGAAGAUGAGCUCCAGCUGUCCAAACGUUUUGAUGCUGUCCAUAUAGAAACUAAAAGUGCAAGCCAGAUGUUUGAGCUGAUAAAGAAGAAACUGAGCCACACCGAAGCGUACCCUCACCUCCUGUCUGCUCUGCACCACUGUCUGAUGAUGCCAUAUAAGCAAAGCAGCACCACUCUUCAGUACUGGGUGUUGUUGGACCGCAUCGUUCAGCAGCUGGUCCUCCAGACAGACAAAGGUGAAAACCCUGACGUUGCUCCACUGGAGGACUUCAGUGUUAAAAACAUUGUCCGCAUGCUGGUCAAGGAAGAUGAAGUCAAACAUUGGAAAGAACAAGCAGACAAAAUGAGAAAAGAACAUCAGAACCUACAGCAGCGUUUUGACAGGAAGGAGAGGGAGUGUGAGGCCAAGAACAAGGAGAACCAAGACAUGGUGGCCAUGCUGAACAAAAUGAAGGACAAACUGGAACGAGAGAGCAACGAACACAAGCAGGCCAAACAGCAAGUGGCAGAACUGUCUGUACGUCUGCAGCAGCUCAGCUCUUCCUCCAGUAUUCCAGGUGGACCUCCUCUUUCUGCUGGUGGUCUGGCUCCUGUUGCUCCUCUCCCUUCCAUCUCUUCUCCUGCUCCUCCUCCCCCUCCUCCUCCACCUCCUCCUCCUCCAGGAGGCCCACCGACCUUCGGUAUGGCUCCAUUUGCUCCACCUCCUCCUCCAGGAGCUCCACUAGGAAGUGUCCAGAAGAAGAAGAACAUUCCUCAGCCUCCAAAUCCUAUGAAAUCUUUCAACUGGAGUAAACUGCCCCCGAACAAGGUCGAUGGAACCAUAUGGGCAGAGAUUGACGAUCUCAAAGUGUUUAAAAUCCUGGAUUUGGAUGACUUCCAGAAGACCUUCUCUGCCUACCAGAGGCCACAGAAAGAUCCUGAGGAUGACCAGUCCCUUGUGAAGAAGGUGAAGGAGCUGUCAGUGAUCGACGGUCGACGAGCUCAGAACUGUAACAUUCUGCUGUCACGGCUGAAGCUGACCAAUGAGGAGAUCCGACACGCCAUCCUGACCAUGGAUGAGCACGAGGACUUACCUAAAGACAUGCUGGAGCAGCUGCUGAAAUUUGUGCCUGAGAAGAGUGACAUUGAGCUGUUAGAGGAGCACCAGCAUGAGCUGGAGCGCAUGGCCAAAGCCGACCGCUUCCUGUAUGACAUGAGCAGAAUCAACCACUACCAUCAGAGACUCCAGUCACUUUACUUCAAAAAGAAGUUUGCUGAAAGACUGUCUGAGGUCAAACCCAAAAUCAAAGCUCUCAGCCUGGCGUCCAAAGAGGUGGUGCAGAGCAGCUCACUGCGGCAGCUCUUAGAGUUGGUUCUGGCCUUUGGAAACUACAUGAACAAGGGACAAAGAGGAAAUGCCUUUGGCUUCAAAGUCUCCAGUCUCAACAAGAUCGCUGACACCAAGUCAAGUAUUGAUAAGAACCUCACUCUGCUCCACUACAUGAUCACAGUUUUGGAGAAGAAAUAUCCAAAGGCAACGAGCUUCAGUGAGGAGCUGCAGAAUGUACCAGAAGCUGCUAAAAUCAAUAUGACUGUGUUGGAGAAGGAAAUCGGGAACCUGAGAUCUGGUCUGAAGAGCGUUGAGGCGGAGCUGCAGUACCAGCAGACUCAGUCCUCUCAGGGUCCAGUGGACAAGUUCAUCUCCGUGGUCGGUCAGUUCAUCACUGUGGCCACGUUCAGCUUUGCCGAUGUGGAAGAGUCCCUUAGUGAGGCCAAAGAACUGUUUGAAAAGGCACUGAGACACUUUGGAGAAGACUCAUCGAAGCAGCAGCCGGAGGAGUUCUUUGGUAUAUUCGACACUUUCAUAACAGCCUUCUCAGAAGCCAAACAGGACAACGAGAACAUGAUCAGACGCAAAGAGGAAGAGGAAAAACGUGCACUUCUGGAGGCCCAGCUGAAGAGAGACAGAGAGCAGAAGGCCAGGAAAGCCAAAGAAGAAGAGGAGAGCGGCGAGUUCGACGACUUGGUGUCCGCCUUGCUCUCAGGAGAGGUGUUUGAUAAAGGCGGACCCAACAUGACCCGCAAAAAACCGCACAGACCGAACCAGUUCGACAGCAGCCGGGAAAGACCAGCAUCCAAACUGAACCAGUAACACACUGGAAAACAACAACACAGGACCAACACCGGGCUCAUUAAAGAGAGAAGAAGAGACAAGUCCUGCCCAAUCACACUUUAUUUAAAAAAAAAAGUUCAGUCAGUGGAAAGAGAUAUUUUUUUUGUCCUGUCUGAAUUAUUUACCAUUUAGACAUACGAUAUUUGUCAAUGCAAAGAUAAUUUUGCAGGUGAAGAAAGUCCCAGUUUGUGGUAAAACUGUUGGAGUAUGAGGCUUUUUCACCUCUUUCUCAAACACUGAAGUUAAGUGUGCCAUGGCAGUGGACAUUCUGCUGUUGUAACGUGUAUCACGUCAAAUGACAGAUGCCGUUCACUGAGCUGUUUAACCCCUAAACACCCAAACGUCCACCGGUGACCAAAAGCAUCUACUGAUCUAAAAUGUUUCAAACAGGUUGAACCACUCAUCCUUUCAAUACAUGGAAAUAACUGGUGUAAAAUACAGUUUGUCAUCU